AUGACCGUAACUACACCUGAAGCCUGCAACUAUGAAUCAUUGUACGUGUCUCAGUUAUUAUCAACCCCUAACAUGACGGAAUACUCUCAUUUACACAAUCCCCGACGCUCUCAUGCAACUUCUACUUAUCUCAGCCAUGUCUCGCCAAGUAAGAAAUUAAUGCGCGGACUUCACAUAGCCAUGAAUUUCUCCAUUUCUAUGAUCCUUAUAUCUCUAUCAAAUGAUAUCGCAACUAAUCCUGGUCCCACAUGUAACUUCUCCAUACCUCCACCUAAUGUACGUGGAUUAAAAAUCUCUCAUCUAAAUACCCGAAGCAUCUUACCUAAAAUUGAUACACUACGAUUAGAAAUGAAGGAUAAACCGUUCGACAUCUUCUCAGCAUCCGAAACAUGGCUUAAACCCGAAAUCUCAGAUUCCGAAGUAGCUUUACCUGGUUAUUCAAUUAUACGAAUGGACCGUCAAAACAAAAUCGGUGGUGGUACUGCCAUCUAUGUUCGUGAUGGUAUACCUGUUAAAACCCAUUCGGACUUGAUGAAUAACGAUCUCGAAAACUGUAUGAUUGAAGUUUUACGAGUUAAAUCUAAGAAACUGUUUAUUUGUUGUAUUUACAGAGCACCGAACAAUCCUCUUGAAAACUACUUAUCCAUGUUGAGCAAUAUUAUUCUCAAACUUCCAAAUAACAGCGAGCUCAUUUUGUUAGGUGACUUUAAUAUUGACCUUAGCAAAAAAAACCGUUCACCCUCGAAACAACUACUCCAUAAUUUCUCUCGCCAGUUUCACUUAGACCAACUAAUCACGAAGCCAACAAGAAUCACUGAAACAUCAGAAACCAUGAUUGACCUGAUCUUUGUUAACAAUAGUCAGAGAAUUGUCCGAAGUGAUGUGAUUCCAUGCUCGUUGAGUGACCACUCUCUUGUGUUUUGCGUGUUUAAAGCUGGUGUCACCAAAGCUCCUCCACGCACAAUUGAAUAUAGAUCUUAUAAACAUUACAACAAACAGUCCUUCCUUCUAGAUCUUGAAAACGUCAACUGGUCUACCUUCGCAGACGAAAACGAUGUUGAUGCUACCGUCAACAGCUGGUGUCAAUGUUUUACUGACAUAGCAGACAUGCACGCGCCAAUAAAGAAAAUGAAAGUUAAGGGAAUUAGCAUUCCAUGGAUGACGGCUGAAUUAAGUCGAGCGAUGCAAGAUCGAGACUAUCACCUGAAGAAGGCACAAAAAACACAGUCACAACAUCACUGGUCGUCAUACCGUAAGCUUCGCUGUUUUGUAAACAAAGCAGUACGUGAAUGCAAAUCCAAAUAUUACGAGUCCUUGAUAAAAGAAAACAGAAAUAAUCCCUCUGGCCUUUGGAAAACUCUCAAUGAAUUAACAUCGCGCAACACACAUUCUUCAGCACCAUCAUCUAUCAUAUCGGACGGCGUUGAAACCAAGAACUCGCAAUCUAUAUCAUCUCUUUUCAAUACUUUCUUCACCAGUAUCGGAAGGACUUUGGCAAACACAAUCAAGCAAAGAUUGUCAUCAAACAUAUUCUCCUGUAUUCAACUACCACAAUUUAAUUCCACAUUUGAAUUCAAAGAGAUUGAUGUUGCGUCUGUUUUCAAACAACUAUCAACUCUUAAAACUAAUAAAUCUACCGGCCUUGAUGGUGUCAGCGCCAGACUGCUGAAAGAUGCUGCAGUAACUAUCGCCCCAACCCUAACUGAUAUAUUUAAUCAAUCACUAAAAUCUUCUAUCUUCCCCAAGAUCUGGAAAGACGGGAAAGUAACACCAAUAUUUAAGUCUGGCGAUCGCUCUAAUAUGUCAAACUACAGACCCAUAACUGUUCUGCCAAUCCUGAGCAAAAUUUUGGAACGUUUCGUUCACACGCAGAUUUACAGCUAUUUAUCUGAAAAUAAAAUCCUCUCCGAAUCUCAAUUUGGCUUUAGACCAAAGUUAUCUACGAGUACCGCAUUGGCAUUUUUCACCGAUACUAUUCUUGAUAAUGCUGACAACGGUCUCAUCACAGCCUCUGUCUUUCUGGAUUUUAGCAAGGCAUUCGACACGGUUGAUCAUGCUAUCCUGUUGUGCAAAUUGAAAUCAUUUGGCCUGGAUAAUAACUCGUUAAAUUGGUUUGAGUCAUACCUUACCAAUCGUCAACAGAAAACGUCAAUUAACAAUACGUUAUCCAGCUCAUUACCUGUGUCAGUUGGUGUUCCGCAAG